AUGGAAAUGAAGGAAAUGCCUUUUAUAUCAACGCGUGCGAAAUCCAUGCAAAGAUACACAAGUCGCCUAGAUAAAUAUCUGACAAGACUUAAGGCGAAUCCCUUUCAUAAAACGAAGAAUCCACAGGUAGGUUCGUAAAAUUAUCUUUCGAAGAUUGUUCUUUUUUUUAUUGAUCCUUGAUAUUUGUGCUGGCCACUUAUGGUAAGGCCUCACAGAAUUGGAAGGAUAUUGGUAAGGAUUAAUGAAUUAUGUACCAGAAGUCGAGUCAUAGACGGAAGAUGAUAAUGAUAAUAAUAAUAAUAAUAUUAAUAAUAACAAUUAUGAUAAUGAUACGUCAUUUAUUUAGCGCGAUUUUUAGUCAUUUCCAAUUGCGCUUUACAAUUUAUAUUAUAAUGUGAAACACUGAAAAAUAAUUUCAUGUAUAGUAAUCAUGUACAUGUAAUCACUUAUUAAGUUUCUUUAGACUUGUAAGCCAACUCACUCUCACACAGGUGAAAGGUUUAUAUAGACCAUUUUUCCUAGAUGGGCACAUGUAAGCUUUUCAGUUUAAUGACUGGAUAUCACAAUGAAAAUCUGCCCAUCAGAAUCUGCUUUUGAUUAAUUAAAAUGUUUUUAUUGUGAUGCUUUUAAGGGAAUCAUUGAAAUGAUGACCAGUGAAAAUCCAUUGGCAUUUGAUCUGCUAAAGGAGAAGGUAUUUAACUAUAUCUGAUGAUGUUUAGUAUGCAUUUGACUUUUAACUGGUAUAUAAAUUUGGACUAUCAGUCUUCCUUUGAUCUUUGUGCAUAGAAGAGAGAGAGUAAAAGUUUUCAAAAUACAGGUCCUUGAAACUGGUGAAUGGACUAAAGACAUUGAAUGUUGAUGUGAAAUUCUUGGCCGCAAACUUGACAGAAAACUGUACAGUUUUUCUCAUCACUACUUUAACUUUUACAUGAAAUGACUCUUAAAGUAUGACUUAAGAGUAUAUCACAUGUAUGAGAUGCUGUCUCUAAAAUAUGUGAAAUACUUUUCAUUAUUUGUCAUUUAAAUAUGUGUAACUAUAAUAAGCUUUCUGAUUAACUUUAGUUGUAUGACUCCAAAUGUGACAUCUGUUGUUAGUUUUACAGUCACUGUGUGAAAAUUUAUUUCAUGAAAACAUGAGCAGACUGAGUUUUUUUUCAGUUAGAGGAAAAGGAAUCAUAUAAUAUACUUCAAGAACAUACACAAUAUUUUUGCUGUGAAGGAUUAGAAAGGCAAGGCACCUUUUGAAUACUCAACUUACUUUUUAAGUUCAGUUUAAAGUAAUUGUUCUUUCUGGUUUGACUUAAAUACUUUUACUGGUAGUUUGGAAAAAAAAUUAUUUAAUUAUGUGGAGAAGAAUGUUUUUGAAAUGUUUCUGAAUCUCUUUUAUACAGUUUUAGAGAAGCAAUAGCAGACUUUUUAAACCAUUACAUGAAACCUGUGGAGCCUAUUCUUGCAGAGAAUGUAUGUAUUACAAAUUAUCUCAUUUUACAUUUUCUUAAUAUGUUUUUCAAGUCAGAAAGGAAAACUAAAUAAAAGCACAUUAACGAACAUCGAUGGUCAUCUUGGUAAAGGUCACUCAGCAGACUGGCUGAUUUCCACUAUAUUUUUGACAGUUAAACAAAGAAUUAUCCAUUUUUUGAAUAUUAAAGCUGGAACAGAAAUUGGGUUGACAAAUUGAGAAAUUUGAAAGCAUGAUUAAAUUUAUCAUUGAACUCAAUCAAGGCCAAAUCAUUUUAUUGACAACAACUUAAUAAAAAGAAAUAUCAUGAAAGUUACACUUAUGACAGGAUUUCAAUGCAUAUAUAUGUUAUAUAACUGUACCUAUAGGUCACUGAUUGCUUAUGAAAAGACUUAGUCCCAAUUUAAAGAAAAUUUGUGUUAUCUCUGUCUUCAGUUGAUUGUUUCCAAUGGAUGCACACCAAUAUUGGAUUCCCUAGGAUAUGUAAUUGCUGAUGCAGGAGGUAAGUACAACUGUGUGUGUGACUUAAAUAACCCUCUAACUCCCAAGAUCUGAUUGUUAAUUCUCCCCUCUCACUACUUCACAUUUCCUAUUAAACUGGUAACAAGAAUUUGGUUUUAGAUCAAGAUAAUGACUUCUACCUGAUAAGUUUGAGUAUUCUCAUUACCUGUUUGCUAAAUACUGUAUAUGAUUGGGUAUAAUAGGGAGAGGUUGCAUGUUAAUCACUUCUGGGAGUUGAAAGGUUGAGAAUUUUUGGAAAAUAAAUGUACCACCUGGAGUGUAGAUCCUUAUGUCCAAGAUUUGAAUAUUGGAAUAUUAUACAGGACUGUUUUUUUUUUAGAACACAUGUCUGGCAAAGUCUUUCAUUUUAGUCCAACAAAAUUUUGUUUGCAAGCAUUUAUUUUUUUCCUUUAAAAACCCAAAGGUGACCCAAAAAGAAUUUUCCCACAUACUAUCACUAUAUUUUCAAACAGCAAGGUGAUGAGGAAAAGGAAAAAUAUCAAUAGGGAGAUAUUCUUUGAUUUAAAAAUAAACCCUCAGUGCUCAAUUUCUGAGGAAAAUAUAUGAGCAGUGCAGAGAAUUUGUAUUUUCAUCUUGGGAGUGAGGUGGUUUAUAAUGAUGUACUAUAUGUUUUUGGAUAGCAAUUAGGAUUUCAUGGGACAUGAACCUAAUACAUUUUUCAGUUACCAAUAGUCAGUUGCAGCUUCGACUUGUAUGCUGUGUAUUAAUUUAACAGUUGCAGUGUGUUUUUGUUUCUCUAUGUCAAUGCAUAAGAGGGUUUGUUGAUCCCUUCUCCGUUUUAUGGAUCAUUUACCUUGGAUUUUCAAACAAGAUCAAGGGUGAUACCUUUUCCAGUUCCACUCUCCAGUGAGGUUAGUAUACUCCUAUAUACUGAAACUGGUCUUUAUCUUUAUCUUGUCUUCUACAUUUCAUUUGUGGGGAGUUUUAAUUGCAUGGCAUUGAUCUUAUUGAUCUUUGGCAUAAUCUCAGUUUGAUUGUGUGCCAAUUUUAGAUUGGUCCUAGAGAGACUCAGCCAUUUGAACUUACUGUAGCAAGACUAGAAUGUGCUUUGAAGAAGGCAACAGAGCAGGUACUGUCAUACAUACUGAUCCUAACUUUUGUGGGAGUUUUAGAGUUUUGGAAACAAGAGUGUUAACCCUUAAUUUAAUUUUACAAUAUCAUCCCUGAAUCACACAUUAACCCUUUAACUCCCAGAUCAAAUUUGUAAUUCUCCUAAAAGUCAACCAUACAUUUCUUCUAAUGUUAGUUCAAAGAAUUUAGUAUUGGAUCAACUAAUUAUCCCCAAAUUGAUAUUUUUUUGAUUCUCAUCACUCAUCUGGUGGAUUUUGUAUUGAUAUUGCCAGGAGAAAUUAUGUCUUGGUCACUCUUGGGAGCUAAAGGGUUAAGGUCAUAAGAAUAAAUGAAAUGAUUGCCAACUAAAGAAGCUCUUGAUUGUUAAACAAAUUCUCCUUGUCAUCACCCUAGGAAGUCUAGAGUAUAGUGUGGAGAAUAUGCAUACAGAUGUCAGGCUGUGAAGGGUUAAACAACUCCAUAUUUUGCACAGAGCCUGUUUCAGGGUGCUGCCUCAUUAUUAAGGCACACUGCAAGGAAAGGGAAUGAUGCAAAAUAGAUAAACUUCACAAAUAGGGAACUUUGGGCAUGUUGAAUUGAAAUGAGUUUUCUGCUACCACCCCUGUAAUACUAUCCAUUUAAGGAUACCUUUGUUGCAAAAAUUUACUUUUUUCAUAGGGUGUAAAAAUUCGUGGUUUACUACUGUGUAACCCAAACAAUCCACUGAGCACUACAUAUUCUGAAGAACUCUUACAAGAUUGUUUAAAGUUUGCAGCAAGGUGUGAGAUAGUAUGGGAACAUCACUGUACUUCCUUGCAUGAACAGGGUUACAUCAAUCAAUUGAAUUGUGCUUACAGAAAGUUUGGUUUAAAAUGCAGUGUAUUACAUAUCAUAGAGUACAUUCAUUCCUUACGGAUUUCUCUGAAAUGUCGAAAGUGAGAAGGAACAAGUGAACAUAGCUUACAAUUUCAUAUUACAGAUAAAGAUCCCGACUUAAAAUGGAUGAAUAUCCCAUACAUGUAGCUUAAUUGUUUAAGAUUCCUAGUUAAGCCCUGGUUGAUUAUUCUCAAUGUGAUUAAAUUAUUAAACUUUUCAAAUGUCUCGUUAUUAAAUUAUUUCAAACCUUUGGUUUUUAAUGACACAGACCUAAGAUCAAUUGUGACUUGGUUUCCCGCGUUUUCCCGCGCUUUUGGUAGUUUUCUUAUUCUUACUUUGAGUUCUCAUUGGCUAAUUGCGAUGUUUAACUUUGCUCUGAGUGGAACUCCAUUGAAAACUGCUCGAACAUAAGUGUUAGUCGUCUUCUUAUGGUUUUUGUGCUGUCAUAGGCAUUCAUUACAUGUCAUUGUGGACGAAGUGUAUAUGUUGUGUGGAUUCAAAGAAGGCUGCUCUGUAACAAAUGUGCUGAGUUUAAAAAAGUAGGUCAUUUUGUGAUUCCUUUUGUUUAAGUUGUCUUUUGGCACUCAACGGUUUAGAAUUUGAGCCAUUAUUUCUAAAACUUAAUUCCAAUCACAUACCUCUUUUGUUUUUUACGUAGUGUUCCGGACAAGAAGAUGAUUCAUGUCAUAUGGGGUUUUAGUAAGGUACCGUAAAAAUCACUGUGAUUGUUCAAGAUUAACUUUAUUUUGUAUGUGUUUCAGAGGAAGAAUUCGAUUAUUUAACGCUCGUUAUUAUCCAGGUCUUAGCUCUAAGUGUGAAAAAAAUAAAUAUAACUUGCACCUUGUUUGGAAAAAAGCACACCCAAUGCCAAGCGCGGGAAAAAGUUCACCCAAUGCCAAGCGCGGCAAAAAGUGCACCUUAUGCCAAGCGCGGGAAAAAGCUCAGCCAGUAUCAAACGUGGGAAAAAGUUCGCCCAGUGCCGAACGUGGAAAGCCAAGCGCGGGAAAAAGUUCAUUGAACACAAAGCGAAGGAAAAUAUUUACCCAUAGCCAAGUACGUAUGAAAGUGUACCCCGCGUUGAGCGCGUGAAAAAUGUGUGAACGACAAAAAAAAUGCGGUUUCCUCAAUGCGUAUACUUGGUGUUUUUAACUGAUAAAUUCCUGGAACUGUGAAUUGACGAUGGUUUAAUUCCUUUUGCAUUACGAACACCCCUCCUCUAACAAUGUUAUGUGUACAUAUUUUAGGAUUUUGGUUUAUCAGGAUUUCGCUGUGGUGUUCUUCAUACUUUGAACAAAGAUGUUUACCAAGCGAUUUCUUCAGGAUAUUCGAGAUUCCAGGACCUACCGACUCCCACGCAGGUAUUUUUGUUAGCUUUGUUACUGAAAGAAUUGUCUUGCACCCAGGUCCGGUAAAUUGAUUGGUCAGUUUAGCCAUGGUGUUUUUGGCUGCAAGACUUAAGUGGUGUAGGCCAGUUUUACACGAACCUGAGUUAUAACACUCGACUGACAACUCUCCUCUAGACUCUACUGAUGACUUCGCUCAGGUUGACAAGACUACCAGUGACAGUCCUUCUCAGGACUAAACUCAAACGAGCGAUCAGACUUCGCGAUCAAAUGUUAUCGCCGGGUUCACACCAUUUACUAAAUUUUUUAUUCAUCAUCUUAACAUUCUGUCAAAACCUCUGUUUUUAGAUUCUCUUGACAAAUCUCAUCAAAGACAAAGGUUGGUGUCAUGUGAUCACACCUGCCCCGCCUUAUCUUUCAUGUUUAUUUCUUUUGCAUAUAGUCCAUCAAUUUAAUUGAUUAGCUUAAAAUAGCUGUAUUUGUAAUACCUUUCCGAUCCACAUUUAGUCUCGGCUGUACGAAAGGUAGAUAGCGUUAUGAACUGGAUAAAUUUCCAUCCGGUGGAUAGCGAAGUACGUUGUGUUGACACACUUCUCCGCCGGGUUAUCGGUUUCACAGUUUCUUCGCCCUUGAAUUAACUGGGCCCCAAUCUCGAUCGCAGGUGUUGUAUAGUCCCGUCACGCAACACGCUUACUCUCCUAUUAACCCUUUGACCCCUAAGAGUGACCAGCUUCUAAUUUCUCCUUACAAUAUCACCCCUGAAUCACACAUUAAGGUUAUGAGAAUAAAGGAAAUGGUCACCAACCAAAGGAUCUCUUGAUUGUUAAACAAAUUCUCCUUGUCAGUACCGUAAGAAAUGUAAAGAGAACAGUAUGGAGAAUAUGCAUGCGGAUGCUAGGAUGUAAUGGGUUCACCCCUUUAAUUACGAACCGAAAAACAGCAUGACUGAGAAACACUCACCUAGAUUAGUCAAGCAUAAGGCCUCCAAAGUUUUAAUAUUCCAUGACAAAAAGCACAUAGAAAAAGAAGCUGACAAUUAUGUAAAACUUACGAACCAGUGAAAUAAGCAAACGAACUGCUACAUUUGAAAUUUAUUUUUAUUUUGAUUGUUUUUUUUUUGUUCUUUUUCUUAUCGUUGUAGAUUGGUUAGAUGAAACUUUUAUUCCAACGAAUCAAAAACGGCUUCGAAACGCUCAUCAGAUGGCUUGUGACGCCCUUCAUGAAGUUGGUAUUCCAGUUCUUCCGGGGGAAUGUGGGCUGUAUAUAUGGGUUGAUUUCAGAGAGGUAUGAAAUAAUCUGUUACAAUAACUGCAAGUACCAUUAAAAAAUUUGCAUCCAGUCUGCUAAAGUAUGCCAGAAAACAAGGCCAUGUGUCUCAUACGCGAUGCUCUAGAGUACAUCAAGCAUGGUAGAAGUGGUAGACGCGGGAAAAUGCAACUGUGUGAUGCGUGAGCAAAUCUCCAUUGAGUGAAAAAGGGUGAUUUGACGCAAAAAAAAAUAGUCGCUCUACUUAUUCGGUGUUUAAGUUUCUAUUAACCAAUAUAAAAAUUCAGCAAGACCAUGAAAUAGCCAAAGAAUGUUCCAGUUUUCUAAGGAGAAAUAUCGGUGUUAUACCACUAAAAUGGGGAAAUACAAAGCUAAAAAUUGUCUGUUAAGCUACGAAAAAGUAUUUCAUAUGUUGUGUUUCUAUUGAUACGUUAAAGGUUCUUCCGACAAACACUUUUGAAGGAGAGAUGGAACUGUUUGAUCGCUUGUUAGAUAAUGGAGUGGCCUUUUAUCCAGGGGCGUGGUUCCUCUGCGCUGAGCCUGGCUGGUUUAGAUUAGUAUUCGCCAUGGAGUCAGAAAUUCUUCAAUUAGGUAAACUUUGACGUCUUUUCUUUCUUGAUAAUUAUGUUCUUCUUGAAUUGUCAGAUGUAACGUUUACAGAGAUCUUUGUUCGAAUACAUAUGAGCGUAGCCUUACCUUUCACUGUGUAAGGGCGUUUGUAAUUGGUAAUGGGUGGCAGGUCCCCUACAGUAAAAUUUUAUCUGCACCCGACUAUACCAGUAGUUAUGUAUUUUUUUUUAGGGCUCAGUAGAAUUCAGCAAACAGUGAGGCAAGCCCGCGCCGAUAUUGCGUCUGGGUAGGAGGAGAAAGCUCUUAAACAUAGAAUAUUCGCAAUAUCAAGGGUCUCACCACCAGAUGCAGAACAGUGGCUGGCUGAAUAAAAAUACUUUUUAAAUAGGAAUGGGAUUGCUAAAGAAUCGUAGCAACUCCCUGAUGAUUGGUUACAAAUGAUAUUAUAAAUAAUAUUUUUAUUUUUUAGUUCCUUACAAUAGUCACACUAUAAUAGUGCUAAUGGAGGAAAGCAAAGGCUCCAAUGGAGUACAAUUCAGACUUUAACACUACAACUUAUGUAUACAACAUCAGAAUCACAAAUUAAACUUAUAAUAUCGAAACUAAGUACGCAAUGAAAUGUUUUCCUAAAGGGGUUUAAUAUAAAAGAGAGAAUAA